GCCCUUUGUUUUGUUUGUGUCAUAUCAGAAGCCAGCAAACGAGGAACUUUAGCAGAAAUCAGUACCCCUCAUGGUAUGAUAAAGCAAAAUCAAGACUUGGAGUGCGUACAUUCUGCUGACUGGACAUCGGUCGUCAACUUCCGGUAGGAAAAAAGUGAUUUGCCAAGAUACCGAUGAGAUGCCCCCGCGAAGCGCUCAUGAAGAGUAUCCCACAUGGGUCGGAUUUGUGUUCGUCUUCAAUCUCAUCGUUGGCACGGGAGCACUCGCCCUACCGUCCGCUUUUAGUCACGCAGGAUGGAUUCUCGGUACGCUGGCCAUUGUGGUGUUGGCGUUCAUGAGUUACGUUACGGUGACGUUCGUUAUCGAAACGAUGGCCUGUGCGAAUGCGGUCCACAACUGGAAGCGUUUACAGUUCAUCAAGCGCGAUCGUGUGAUCGAGCACGAUGAGGACAGCAAUGUGGAAACGAUAGAAUCGCUGGUGGAGGCAACCGAUACCGACUCGGACAACGAGCAAGCCAGACUGGUGGAACAGCCGAUUACGGACUCGAGCAUUGAGCAGAUGCCGCUCAACAUCAUGUACUGCCGCAAGACGUACUACAGUCUGUCCAGCAAGAUCGAACUGGGCGAGAUGGCGAACAUGUUUUUCGGCCGCAGCCAACGCUUCCUGUUCUAUUUUUGUUUGGCGGUGUAUCUGUACGGCGAUCUAAGCAUCUACUCGGCAGCCGUUGCAAAAAGCCUUCGGGACGUUGCCUGCGCCCACAAUCAUCGUGCAAAUGCGACCGACGAUGACGACGGAACGGAGCGGUGUUGGCAGGACGGAAUACUUACCCGUCUCGAUGUGUAUCGGUUGUGUCUGGUAGGGUUUGUUACCGUGCUGGGGCCGUUCACAUUCUUUAACGUGCAAAAGACCAAAUAUCUGCAACUGCUCACCGUACUGUUCCGGUGGCUUGCCUUUUCCGUAAUGAUAAGCAUCGCCAUCCAUCGAUUGCUCGCUCCGGUCGAUUCUACCACCCUACCGAUCACACCAAAGCGGGCGGACAUUGCCGGCAUUCCUUACCUCAUCGGAACAUGCAUCUACUCCUUCAUGUGUCAUCACUCGUUACCGAGCCUGCUGACUCCGAUCGCCAACAAGGGCCGACUGAAGGCGCUCCUUUCGCUCGAUUACGUGCUGAUCAGUGCAUUCUAUCUGGCGCUCGCUCUCACCGGGAUAUUUGCGUUCGCCGACAUUAAAGACCUGUACACGCUGAACUUUGUGCCGAGUGCGAACCAGACGAACGGGUUGCUGAAGGCCAUCGAGUACUUCCUGGCACUGUUUCCGGUGUUUACACUCUCCGCCAGCUUCCCGAUCGUGGCCAUUACGCUUCGCAACAAUCUGCAAACGCUCUUCCUCGAUGCCGCUCAGCUAGAGACGUACCAUUUCUUCCUUCGGCGCCUAUUUUUCCCACUGCUCGCCAUUCUUCCACCCCUGAUCGUGUGCUACUUCACCGAGAGCGUAAGUAAUCUGGUUGGCUUUACGGGAUGUUACGCCGGCACCGGCAUACAGUAUCUUAUUCCGAUCGCGCUCGUACUUUCUGCACGGCGCACCUGUGACAAUAUGAUUGGACGGGGCAUUAUAAACGAAUUUCGCAGCCCGUUCAAGGGAACCGUAUGGCCGAUGAUUGUGCUCGGUUGGACCGUUGCCUGCCUGGUGCUGGUGACGAUCGAUCUGGCCAUCUGAGGCUGGACACAUUCCCCCAUUUAAACAUCAAAUCAAAGGAGACUGAGUGGUGCUGUGAGCGAGUUACGACGGGACAUUUUUAAAGCAAAAGGAGCAAUCGGUGGUUCCCAAUGACACAAGGACGCACAAACAAUAGGCGUUUAGCGUGAGGAAUGGAAACGCAAUUUGCGUAUGAGGAUGGUUUAACUAUAUUUACAAAUAUUUUUUUUCCAUGUGGAUUCCGCAAUGCUCCUCAACCUGACGAAAUUUCGCUAGGUUUAACAAGCAGGUAUCCGCAUAUCUUGCAGUUACGGACGGUAUUGUAUAUUUUAAAAACAAAUUAUUCACUACUGCCACUGAAACGACCCCUCAAUCUUCCCGGGGGAUAAUUAUCCUACCGAUUGCACAGCAGUAACCAGAAGCGAUUGUAUAUUUAGGAACAGCUUCAUUAACGACUUCUAGCGAAAAAGAGACGCUUUGACGAAGGGAAACAACAGCGAGCUGUAAACGUACGUUAUUGAGCGUGUAGCAAGCGUUAAAUGGAAAAGUGAACAGUAAACGUUCAAUAUCCUAUUUAGUGUUAGUUAAAGGUGCGAAAUAAAUAAAUAUAUGUAUACAAAUGUGCUGUGGUUGACAAAAU